AUCGAUGGGAGAGUCAUCGUUCGACACCCAGGCGGAUAUCCGCAGUGCGAGCGGAAGUCUGUCCCGGUUUGGUUAUCAACCAACUGCCGAGCAGAUGCUGUCUGGACAGGCGAAUCUUGACCACCCAACCAGGAACCUGGACACCACUGACCUGGAAGCUGUAGGCUCCUCCCCGGCGGACGCCGCUAGCUCUAUGCCGUCGAUUCUUUCUUCCAUUCUGGGUGCAGGUGCCCAGCCCUCUGUGACUGAUGCCCAACUUGACCCCGCCGAACAGAAGUCAAGGGAGCAGCUUAUCAGGCAGCUGGGUGAAGCAAUGGGCGUUAUUGGGGAUAACCCUCUUAGCCCCGGUGCAUCAACAGGGAAACCAAAAGGGGCACCAAACAAGGCUCAACAGCAGCAACAAAGUGUUGCAAUUGCAUUCGGUGAAUCAAGUAUGACAGGAACAAUGGAUUUCCUAAAGCCGCAGAAUCAACAGGGACAGUUUACUGAUGGCAGUUUAAUGUCCAACACCCCAGGACAACAACAAGAACAGACGAUUGGUGGUUUGGAUCAGAGUAUGUUUGGACAGGAUCUUAACAUGUUCGGCUAUGACAUGAACACAGCGCAGACAGAGUCGGAUAUUCCAUCCAAGCAACAAAUGACAAAACCACAACCAACCAAGCCUGAGUCUCCUAAAUCUCCCCAGGCAUCAGAGUUAGAAAAACUUCUCCAAGGUACAGGUUUGGACAUGACCAGCCUCCAGGCCGUUGGAAUCAGUAUAGAGGACCUUAUAGGAGCUCCCUCGCAAUCACAACCGACUACAUCUACAACCACUAAACCUAAGAUGAAGCCAGCUACCACUCCGGCUCCAAUAGAGACACCAGUCGAUAUUGGUAUGGCAGGCAUGACAUUAGAACAUAUGAUGACCAUUCUUAACAUGGAACAACAGUCAAAAGGUUUAGGGGCGUCCACGGAACCAACUGGGACGCUUUCUGACCCCUUAUAUCCCGCACAACUCGGUAAAGCGGCGCCGCCCAAUCCGACUCAGCAGGUUGUUGAAGUGCGACCCGAUUCCGCCCAAGUUGGUGAUUUCUCGUCACAAUCGAUCGAGCCAAAUCUCAUGGGUCUACCAGAACAGACAAAGACAUACGAUUCUCAGAACCAGCCUUUACAAAAUGCACAAAACUUAAAUUUUAAACAAGGUAUGUUUGAUGUAAUAGAAACGAAAACCAAGGUUAUUGAUGGUCCUUCAAGAACUGACGCUUCUCUUAAAAGUGAUCGAACGAACACCCAAGGGCACAACCCGGAUAAAGUUACCAUGAAAACCCUACAAUACCCACCCAUAUCUGGUACACAGUAUCCACCCCUUCCAGAAACACAUUAUUCACCAGUGGACAAGCCAAAUCCGUUUGAAACAAUCCUCUUGGAAGCAACUAAUACCGGGCCCGUUAUUGAACGCAAGGGUAACUCAGGUUCAGGCUCUUCGUCCUCUUCAAUGUCACAAGCCUCUUCGCAGUCGUCUAUGAACUUUAUGGGAAUGUUUGGCGGACUGUCUGACGGAUCUAAUCAGGGGAAGGGUACCAAUCCUGGUCCUGAAGCUUUUGCUCAGUCUGGUCCAUCAUCUUUGACUGCAGAACAACUUGAUGCAUAUAUGACUGGUUCGUUAGGCAUGACAAACACUGGUCAGUUACCAUCUCUCACAGGAAAUGCACAAAUUGAAACAAUGCUUGAAACUUCAUCGUCAACUAAAGCGACUGAACCUUCUUACACUGUACCAUCAGGAAUUAUGGCUGAUGUGGCAACAAAUGGGACAGCCUCUCUGGAGUUUACACAACAAGAGCUUGCGGCUAUGGAGAACGAUCCUCUGCUUGGUUUAUUCGGAGGUGACUUAGGAGCUUUGCAGAAUUUUAUCAACCACGGUGUCAUCGAUCAAAUGGGCGACCAGGGUAUGGGGGUAGGUGCUAGCAAACUACAAGGGUCUUCACAAGUUACUGUUGAAAGUAACACACAGACAGGAGCUGGUUCUUUCUUGCAAAAUACUUCAGAACAAAUGGAUUCACAGGGAACACAGGGUACACUAGGAGAUGCAGCAAUGGAUCAGUACUUACAGCCGAGCAUGUCUGGCGCGCAGGAUUCCACCGCUGCUUCCCAACAAUCGGCUAGCAGUGCAACCCAAGCUGCACAAAAUGAGAUGAUGGCAUUGGAGCAAUUCAUGGCGGCUAACGCCGAUGGAAACGCAAAUAAUGCAUUUGCUCCGAUGCAAGGUCAAGGUUAUCAGGGAAAUCAAAAUAUCGACAUGGCGGCGAUGCAGCAGUUUUUGACAGCCCAGGGGAUGAUGGGCGCUAACCCUCAACCUGAACCACCUCAAACAGACUACGGGACAUUCAUGGGCAAUUUCCAACAAUCGGGAAUGGAUAUGGGAGCCCAGUCACCUACCAUUAGCCUUGCAGACCUUUUGUCUGGUAAUGUUAAUAUGUUAGGAGGACCAACUUUUGAAUCACAAACACCAUCAGCUUCUCAAAACGUGGCUACUUCUCAACAAUCAACGACCGAUAUGUCUUACACAUCGGGUCCAUCGUCUUUCGGCCAGUCAGAAACGUUUGGGUCAACGUCUGUCGAGACUGGCACAAUAACAGCAGGUCAGACACAAGCAAGUUCGGCAGUAGAUGUUGUAGGUACAGAUCAACAAAUAACAGCGGGUGUUGGUGCAGGUGUUCAUGCAACUGCCAAAGACCAAAUAUCUCCUGGAAUAAUUAGUGCGCCGGUUUUUGAUACGCAAGCCGCACCAGAUGUUGUACAGACCAGAGAGAAAGUCACACAAAAGCUAGUGACUGUAGAUGGAAGUGGCAAGAGUUUGAUAAACAAAAAUGAUCCAGUAGCGACCAAGCCUAUUGAAACGCCGGUGUAUCAAUCAACGACCAGCAUUCCUAAAGAUGUUGUAUCGUUCACAGAUACCGCAACAACUGUAUCUUCCGUACAAACGACAAAUGCUGUAUCCCAAGUAGAUACCGUAAACGUUGUAUCAUCCGUAGGUACCAAAAAUGUUCCGGCAGUUGACGCAUCAGUAUCCAGCUCAAUAACAACCGGUCAGUCGUCAGUCUCAUCUUAUGUUGAUACUGGACCAAGUCAGCGAGAGUUACAGAUGAUUGCAAGGGAGAGAAAGGCACAGAAUGACAUUCAGGAACUCAUACGUCAACAAAGGGAAGAAUUAAGGCGGCUCGAAGAUCAGAAACGGGAGCAUCAGAGACAGCUCAUGCUUGAAAAGCAACGGGUUGAGUACGAAAAGCAACAGCUAUCGCUUCGAAAACAGCAGAUGGAGAUCGAGGCAAUGAGAAAGGAACAACUUUACCAGCGUCAAUUAAUGGAGGCACAGAGAAAGCAGAUGCAAGCUGAUAGAUUAAGAAUGGAACAAGAUAGACUUGCUGCCAUUGAACUUGCAAAGAAAAAGGCUGCGGAAGAAGAACGGUUAAGGCUUGAAAAAGAAAGAUUGAAGGCAGGGCAGGAAAGACAACGACAGGCUGAAAUAGCUUUCCAGAGGGCUCAGCAAGAAAGAAUGAUGCAACUGGAGUUUCAAAAACAGCAAGAAAUAGAGUUGGCUCGCCAACAAGCAAUAGCUGAAGAGAAGAAAAGGCUUGAACAGGAACAACUAAGGAAGGCUGAAAUUGCCAAGCAAAAAGCUCUCGAAGCCGAAAAGCGACGACUCGAGGAGGAACGUAAAAAGCAAGCUGCUGCUGAGGAAGCACGCAUGUUAGCAGAAAUACAGGCAGCAAUGAUAGCUGAAGAAAAAGCAAUUGCUGAAAGAGCAGCUGCUGAUAAAGCGGCCAGAGAGAAGGCUGCAGCUGAGAAGGCUGCAGCUGAGAAGGCUGCAGCUGAGAAAGCUAAGAAAGCUGCACCGAAGAAUAUGACGUCUACUGAUGCGGCAUGGCAAGCUGUUCUAGCUGCGGCUGGUGUUACUGGCUCGCAACCUACUGACCUUGCAGUCCUAAUGGGUGGAAGUGGCGCGGCCGGGAUGGGAAUGGAUCCUGCUGCAUUACUUAAGUUUCUAAAUCCGCCUUCGACUCCAGCACCAAUUAUAACCACCCCGAAACCACGUAAAAUACCCAUUAGACCUGACCCCAAAACAAGACGUGAAGUUAGGCAAAUUUUCCUUGACAAUAUGAAGCCCGGUGUUGACCCUCUUUCAAUCCUUAUAGGCCUGACACCAGAGAAACUCAUGCGUUCCGGAGUAAAUCCCGUUAUCGCAAAUAGCGCUGACUUGGCGCGAAUCGUACCUGCGACAGAGAGAGCCCUAGGAAUACAGAUUAAGAUGUUACCCACACCAGGCAUGCGUGGUAGUCAUCCCCGUGGCGCAGUUGGUCAUCCUUCCGCAAUGAGAGGCGGGGCUGGUUUAGGGGGACUGCCGCCCCCUACAAGUGGGAGUUCGCGGAGACAGUUUAUGAUCGAGCAACGAAUGAUGAAUGAAAUGAUGCAGUUAUUUGGCUUAGGACCAGAGCCCCUGGAACCAGGUGAUCCAGGCUAUCAGGGGCCCGGGCAGACCACAGGUGGACCUGGGGGUGCGGCUGCUGGACCCGGGGGUCCAGGCGGUCCAGGGGUCGGGCGUUCACGGGGAGCUAACCCAUUUGAAAUGACAGAUGCACAGCAGAUUGCGAUGGAAAGACGGAUGGGCGCCCAGGGUGGUUUUGGCGCUGCUGGCGGAGGGAUGGGCGGGAUGGGGCCGGAGUUUGGGGGGAUGGGAGGAGGAGUAGGAGGAGCUGCCGGCGCAGCACAGAAUCCGAUGAUGGAAAUGUUGGGAUUAUAGUUUGGUGGCAUUGGAUUGUAUGGGAGGAUUUUCUUGUGUUAGAAAGUUACAUACAGAUGAGUAGUUGUCGUUUGUUAACACUAACGAUUGUGGUGAAUAUACAAGGGCCCAUUAUAAAGAUUUCGUGUCGGAUUAUAGGAAAACGGAUGAGGAAUAAUGAAUUACUUUAUUCACCAUUAGAUACUAGUAACUUUGGUGAUGUAUAAAUUAUUUUUAUAGCAAUGGUCGUUUAGAAUGUUUUCCUUAAUUAUUUUUGUGUGUUAGAAACGUCACGUAUUUUCGUUCAUUUUCAAAGACACAGAAGGUCAUAAUAGUUUUAAUAAUGUUUCCAUAAAGACAAAGCAAUCUAAGUCAAACAGUCUUUAUGCAAUCGUCUUAUUUUCUUGAAUCAGACGAAAGUGUAGUGUUAUCCCACGCCUAUUCUUGGUUGAUUUCGACUCAGCUUUGUAAAGUUCAGAGAAAAACUGUUAACAUAGUUUUGAAUUGUAAUUAUACGAAAUAGGAACAGUACUACAUCUAUCCACGCCAAGAAUAGUAAAAAAACUGGGUUUUAACAAAAUAAUUAUUUUCUGACCUAUAGAAAAAUACAUUCGGUAAUUUCCGUCACAUGAUGGAAAGACAAGUUCAGUAAUAUCCGUAAAAUGAUGGAAAGCUAAUUUCGGUAAUUUUCGUAACAUUAUGGAAAGACGUGUUCGGUAAUUUCCGUAACAUGAUGGAAAGAUUAGUUCGGUAAUUUCCGUAACAUGCUUUCUUUUUCCAGACACGUUAUCAAUUUAAUUGAAAUUCCGAUUUCAAUCGGAAACAGUUUGAGAAACUUUCCUUAUGUUUUGAAAAUAUAAUCUGUGUCUCUUAAAGGGCUUUUCUCACUUACUUCAUGUGUUUUCCAAGUUUUUGAAAGCGAUUCAUGUUUUGUCAACUCCUACUUAAAGCCAUGCAAUCUCAAAAAAACACAUUCUACACUUUCAAUAAAAUAUGAAGUAUUUUCUGGCACAUGUCAUGUAUUAUUGAUAAUAAGAUCUUUUAUUUCUUAUAGUUAAAGCGACUUCUUAAUAGUAACAUCUUCUAUCUUUACACUAGCCUUAAAAACGUGAGAAACUCCCUUUAGAAGUGUGUUACUUUUUUCUAAUCAUUUCCAUUUAUUUAGACGAGAAAAAGACGACAUAUGCUGUGCUCACAUUGUCAGAUGUUCAUUAUUUUACAUAAAAUCACAAUAAAAAGAG